AUGGCAACAAAACUAAUGAUCAAUGAUUUGUUGGAUGAGUUAAAUGAAGAAAAUCAUAGACUAAUUGAUGAAUUAAGAUAUUGUCAGCAAUUGAUUGAAUUGUUUGAUAAAUACAGACAUUUAGUAAAUAGUUUGCAAACAAAUUGUGUUUGUAUUGAAAACAAUGAAUUGAAAACACAAUUCAAUGAAUUAGAUGUUCAAUAUUUGACAUUAAAGUCAAAGAAGAUAACGACGAUAUCCGCGGAUCAAAUUGUUGACAAUCAUUAUAAAGACGAUAAUAAUAGUAAAACAAGAUAUCAAUGCUAUAAUAAUAAUACGGAAACUGUGGACACAUCGGCGGUUAGUGUAGUAAAUGAAGCGAUCAAAAGAGGUAGAGAUAAACCAAAGAAGUCGAUGGUAUUAUCGUUAACAACAAAACGUAAUAAACAAUUGAAAUCAAAUCAUCCAAAGGGUGUUUAUAGUUGUGAUUACACCGGUUGUGACAAACAGUUUAAAUAUAUGUAUCUAUUGAAGUUACACAUACAGAUCAAACACAAUACGUCGGAGCGACGGUUCAAAUGUGAUGUCGACGGUUGUGACCAACGUUUCUAUCGAAAAGAUUAUUUAAAGGCACACCACUUAACAGUUCAUACCAACAACAGUGAUGGACAGUUAGCUACAAACAAUUGUCCAUACGAUGGCUGCGCUAAAGAGUAUAAAUCGCUUAAGGCGUUAAAUAGGCAUAUCAGUCAACGGCACACACUGUUGGCUACCAAACGGUUUCGAUGUGAUGUCGACGGUUGCGACUUAGGUUUUUACGACAAGAAUAGGAUGGAAAUACACAAACAGCGCGUCCACUACAAUGUGAGGCUCUACCCGUGCGAAUGGCCCGGUUGUGACAAACGAUUUAAGUCGGCAACUGAUUUGAAAGAACAUCGCGAAAGACAUAGCGGUGUCCGACAGUAUCGGUGCGAUGUCGGCGAUGAAUGCAAUAAGACGUUCACUACUCGUAAAUGUCUGCAACAGCAUAAAAGGUCGCACACCCGACCCUACCAGUGCUCGUGGCCGGCCUGUGAGUUCAGAUGCGCAAACAAUAUCAAUCUUGAAGAUCAUAUGAACGUACAUCAGGGCAUCAAACCAUUUAAAUGUCAUUUUCAUGGAUGCGAUAGCAGUUACAGUCGUAGAGCAUCGCUUAAAGUUCAUUGGCGUUUAAUACAUAAAUUUAUCAAA